CCGUAAAGCCUGCUUCCACUUGAGGCAGUGGACGCUGGAGAGGCGGCGAGAGAGGAGGAACUCUAAACAUGGCAAGGGCAGUCUGGAUUGCGCUUCUGGUCACCUCAGCAUACUGCGAAGCUGACACCGUAGAACGGCAGACACGACUUGGCAAGCUGAGGGGAAACCGGCUGAAAGUGAUGGGGAACGUCAUCGAGGAGUACGUCGGAAUUCCGUACGCGGAACCACCGAUUGGCGAUCUACGGUUCAAAGAGCCAGUACCUCGUUCACCCUGGAAAGGAACCUACGAUGCUACGAUUGGAGGCAGCGCUUGUCCUCAGAAACCCACAUUCCUCAACGCAAAGAAACCAGUAAUAUGUACUGAAGACUGUCUUCACCUCAAUGUGUGGAUGUCCCAAAAUGCGCAGAAAAGCCAUGUUCUUGUAUGGAUACACGGUGGUGGUUUCACAUUCGGAAGCGGGUUGUACGACAAUUACACCGGUUCCGCUUUGGCGGCCAAGACAGGAUUUGUGAUUGUGUCCAUGAACUACCGCCUGGGCAUACUUGGCUUCCUCAACGCGAACUUUCCCGACGCUCCCGGUAACCAGGGACUCUUGGACCAGAAUCUUGCGCUGAGGUGGGUGCAAGACAAUAUCGAGUCCUUUGGUGGUGAUCCCGCCACAGUUACUAUCUUCGGAGCCAGUGCGGGGAGCAUGAGCGUUCACAGUCACAUUUUAUCUCCGAUGAGCAAGGGGCUCUUCAAGAGAGCGAUGUUGAUAAGUGGUUCAAUGUACAAUAUGGAUUUUUUUGAGAGUGCCCACGAAAGUAUCAUCAGGGGAAACGAAGUUGCUCAGUUGGUAGGCUGUGCGGAACCGGACAUAGAUCUUGUGUCCAAUCCCGACAAAGUCCUGCAGUGCUUGCGGUCAAAGAAGGCGGAUGAAUUGGUUCUGGCGUCAAGCGAGGUCUCAGACCCGGUUCUAUUCACCUUCCUCCCGACGUACCACGACAAAUUUUUGCCGAAAGUCCCCAAAGUCGCCAUUGACCGUGGAUUCUUUCAAGACGUCGAGAUCCUUACUGGUGUCGCGACAGAUGAAGCAGCUAUGUCGGUCCUGUUCCCUCAAACCCCGGAACUCCUAAAAGAAUCCUUGGAGGACCUGACGCUGGACAACUUUGACAACGCGAUCCGCAGGUCGGUGCUCGCUUGGAUCAAAUCAGGUAUCAGCAGUCUGCUUCAAGAGUAUAAGGACAAUGUACCUCCUGGAGACAAGGAAGGCUUGAGGCGGGCUUACAUCGACUACGUGUCGGACAGAGCAUUCAAAUGCCCAGUGCAGUUCCUUGCCGAGAAGCAUUCAGCAAGAGGCAGCCCGGUCUAUUCGUACAUUUUUGCUCAUAGAUCAAAAAAGGAUGGUCUUCCCACGUGGAUGGGUGCUCCUCACUAUUCAGACGUUCUUUUCUAUAUGGCUCAACCUUUUAACGACGAUCAGUCUUACAACGAAGAAGACAGGAAGAUCAGCGGGGACAUGGUCACAAUGCUGGCAUCAUUCGCAGAAACAGGCGUCCCAAAGCUCCCAGGCGUCGACACAUGGCCGAAGUACACAAAGGAUUCACCAGUUUCAACGUUGCUGGCACCUGACAACUUUACGGAGGUUCGCGCGUAUCGAAAUGACCUGUGCGAACUUUGGAGGAAGGUGUUUUAGUAUCAAAGAACAAUAACCUUUUUCAUCUUUAGCAUUACACAACACAAAAAACUCAGACGACGCUUCGUGCUACCACUGUGUCAAGAAUAAACAUAUUUCUAUGAAA